AUGGCAGAGACUUGUAUUGUCUGUUUGGGCGAUCUUGGCGAAAAUUCCAAUGAUUCUGUCCGCCUCUUGCCUCGAGCUAUCAAGUCACCUGCAGACGGCGGCCCAGUCCCCCGAAUCUCGACGUCACCCUCUCGAUCUGAUGAGAACAAAAAUGAGCUCAUAGCUCACCUACUACCGUGUGGUCAUGAUUUACAUAACGAAUGUCUCAAGCCAUGGGUAGAGCGAGCCAAUAGUUGUCCAAUAUGCCGCCAAAGCUUCAACCAAGUCGAGCUGAUGGCCGAAGUUGGAGGUGAGUCUAUAUCAAUAUUACGAGCCAGCCGUCCUAAGAGAAGCACGUUAGGCUCCAUCAUAUCCUCAUAUGCGGUUGAAGACAAGACCCAAGUUGCUGACGUGGACCCUUCCAUGAUCAUUGAUGAGAUCUAUGACGAACCUGAAGACGCCCCUUGUCCAGUAUGCCGAGAAGAUGACAACGAAGAUGUGCUACUGGCCUGUGAUGGCUGCGAUGCUUACUAUCACACUUAUUGUGUGGGUCUUGAUAGCGUACCUAUCGGUCAUUGGUUCUGCGAAAACUGUGAGACCCAACGAAUAAUCGAGAGCGUGUGCCCUCCUAGCUCAGAACGCCCCCCGCAGCGCCCACAAAACUCUUCCGAUAGAAGAACACGAGCUCAGCAACGCCGGCUGAGGAGUCGCAAUCAAGUAACGUCUUCGAGUUGGGCACGCGUCUGGCAGUCCGUGUGGGAUCAUUUGAACAUCGACCUUGACUUUCCGUUUGAUGAAGACUCCGAUGCUAGGCGCAUUGAUGCAUCUCAUCGGACAGCCUCACAGCGCCGUGAGUUCCACGAAUGGGAGGCGAGGCUGCAAGUUGCGGAGCGGCAGGGGGGACCAAACAGAUUUAGAGAUACAGCUUCAGCGCUACUAGAUCUACAUGCAAGGCGCGAGCAGCCGCCCCAGCCUGAACCUGAAUCACAGGAAGAGUUGCGAGCCUGGAACGCCUUCGAGAAAGCUCGAGAGAUCGAAGCUGCCCCGUCACCUAAGCGGAAACGGAAGUCAGCAACCACCUCUCCCUCCGAGCCAGAGCCAGCCCAGCAGAUGGAUCGUCCAUUAAAACGGCCUCGAACAAGACGUGUUGUAGAGAACAGUGCCGCUUCACCCAGCAUGAUAUCUGACCCACUGAUGAGCUCCGCCGCUGGGCCCUCUUCACGCUUAGCCCAAUCCUCAGCGGCUCAGAGUAGCGGACCUACCCUUGUUCAAUCGAUGCUCCAGAAAAUAGAGGCAUCUAACAAUCCCAAUGAGUCCCUAGGUCAAUCUCGCCUUUCCAUCCAAGCUGGCGCCAAUUCUUCCUCUCCUCUGCCAUCAUCACCCAGAGUUUCACCAACCACAUCUAAUCACGCAAGUCCCCGGGCAAGAUCCACCACGCCACCUCCUUCAACCUCACCGCGACCUAGCUCACCCCUUUCUUUGACGUCAAAGAUUGAGCCGAUAUUUCCCCCGGCGGAUUUCUCACCGGAACGAUCUCCCUCAGAUAACACACUUGCACACCGCUCUAGACCAGAGCAGAGGCGUCAGUCACGCCAACUCCAGCAGGAUUCAAGUCCGUCCAGAUCCGCUGAUGCCUCGCCAUCCCGGGUGAACGUACCAUUUGCAAUGAAAGCAGACUUGCAAAAGAUGGUUUCAAAUGCGUUGAAACCGCAUUAUCAAAGUAACACGGUUUCCAAAGAUCAGUAUACAGAUAUAAACCGCAACGUUUCUCGAAUGCUUUAUGACAAAGUCGGGGAGCAGGGCAACGUCGAUGGCGACGAAAGAAAGACGUACGAGCGUCUGGCGACGGAUGAAGUCGCGAAAGCGGUCGAGGUCUUAACCAGUGGAUCUCGGACAUCUGAUUAG